AUGUUGGUGGCGAUGCUGCUAGCGCGGUGUGGCCGCAGCGCCGUGGCUGUUCGCGGUGCGGCCGCUGGACUUGGGGGACGUGGUGCGGUGGGAAGCAGGCGCAUGGUUGCUGCUUCUGCUUCUGCUGUUGCUGCUUCUGCUGCUGCUGCUUCUGCUGCUGCUGCUGCUGCGCAGGCGUGGCAACAGCGACAGCAUGUGCAGCUGGCCACCCGUGGUCGUGGGUGCUGCUGCUUCAUGUCAACGACAUCAACACCACAAGACAUGCGUGGACACGACGAGCACAACGGCGACACGACGAGCACCGCAAGGGACGUGCAAGUGCAUGGAGGAGGCGAGGGCGGAUCGCCCGUACGCGGCGCAGCUCCACUGCCGCCGGAGGUGGAGGCUCGUGUGCGCGACGUGCUGGGUGGAACGAGCACGCGCGAGCUGGCGCAGGUGGUGCAGCUCGCCCAGGACGAGGAGCAGCUCUUCAGCAUCGUCGACGUCAUCGUACAGAACCAGCCUGCUCGAGGCCAUGUGAAGUUUAUCAAUGCAGUGCUCAACCGCAUGGAUGAGCUGAACGCCGAUGUGGAGGUGCACUUCUACAACCGCCUGCUUGAAGUGUUCCCAGUGACAAACACGUACAAGACCAAGUCGCUACUGGAUGCGGUGUGGCCGCGGCCGAGUUUACAGGUUGACGCAGCACUCAAGGUGCUGAAUCGCAUGGAGAACGAGGGCGUCAUGCCCAACGGCCACACCUUCCACUCCCUGAUGGAGGUGUUUGGCCGAGCGAGCCAGCCCAUCAAGAAGGUGCGGAGCAUGGGGUACUGGAUGCGCUACUUCAUGGACUCCAACCCCUUCUCCAUCUCCAUGCUGCCUGAACGGCCCCGCAACGAACGCGCCUUUAUGCACUACACCGCCCAGCGCAUUGGCGGCGAGGCGACAACCUCCACAGGACGCGGACACUCAGGCCGGCAGCCAAGUGCGGGGGGUCGCCCGAGGGAACAGCCAACACACGGAGACGAGGAGACCACGACGAUGAUGCAGGCCAUGGUUCAGCAGCAUGGAAACAGGACGGAUGCUCGAAGAGAUUGGAUCAGCCGCUUGCACGAGUGCCUGCCUGGACCGGACCAUGGAGGCGGUGGGGAAGAAGAGGAAACAACGCUGCUCCUCAACAAGAUCCACACAUUGCUCAAGGCCCACGGACUCGACCACGCACCGCACACCGCGCGCCAGCACUCCCCAAAGAAAUCAGGCCACUCGUUGGCCGCCCUCGCGCUGCUGCAAUACACACAGGCGUCCCAGUCCUACCUCGAUGCCAUGAGCAGCGCCUCUGUGACAGAUGCCGUGUUGGAGGAGCGUCACCGCAGCGUGAGGAGUUGGCAUGGAAGCCACUCCAAGCGCAGCAGCGUGGGUCGCAGUGGCCAUGACGACGACAACGAGGCUGAUGAUGACGAUGACAGUGGCCGUGAUGGUGCUCAGAGUGGCACAAAAGCACCAAAGCUGAGACACCCUCACCAGGUUUUCCUCGGUGGCGCGUGCAACCCGACAACAUGGCGACGCGACGUGGCCAUCCCGUUCUUGGAGCAGCACGACGUGACAUAUUACAACCCACAGGUGGAUGAGUGGUAUCCGGAGCUGAUGCAAGAGGAGGAGAGGGCCAAGCAGGCUGCAGAUGUGCUCUUGUUCGUCUUUGAUCACACCACACGUGGCGUCGCGUCCAUGGUCGAAGUCGCUGUCAACGCCGCCACGCGGCCGCAAUCGCUCGUCGUUGCGCUGUCGCCGCUCCCGCCGCAUUCCGUCAUCUGCGGAGAGCAGCUCGACCAGAGGCAGAUUGACGACAUCAACAGGGGACGCGCCAUCCUGCGGACGUUACUUCGAGACGAGGGCGUGCCCGUGUUUGCGUCCAUCCAAGAUGCGCUCACAUACACAGUCUGCGCAGUCCAUCGCAAUAGCCGCCCAGCCACAGAAGGCGAUGACGUGGUGUUGCCGGCUGCUCGCCUGCUCUCCCAUAUCCAAACCGCUCUUGCAAUGCACAAUCCCACGAGCACCACCACCACCACUACCACCACCACGAGCAGCAGCAGCAACAACAGAGGAGGUCGUGACAAAGGCAGUGAUGACGAUGGUCAUGUGUUGGCUUUGAAGCGACGAAGCAGUUACGAUGCUUCUCUCCCCUUCCAUCUCACUGUCCAGGAUGUGCAACGGUGUUUGCGUGUCCUAUUUGGAGAGGACGUGAGCAAGGAUGAGCUGGCGUCGCUUAUUGCUGCGCUGCCCUGCGCCCCACAGCCGGCGGAGAAGAGGGACAAGGGCGACGAUCACGUGGGCGUGUGCACGUUUGUCGUCCUGUGUGCAUGUGUUGCGAGCACGCAGCACGUGGUGUCGCAGGACCGCUUUGCGGACUGGCUGUCCGAUGUUGGCAUUGCACAUGGAGACGGCGCCGGCGAGGAUGUGCUCGCGAGUGACGUCUACUUGGGCGGCACGUGCGGGGAUUCGCAAUGGCGAACCGACGUGCAGGAGCAGCUGAGGCGGGCCGGACUGUCGUCGUUCAACCCGAGCAUUCCGCGGUGGACAGCGGAUAUGAUACCGCUUGAGGCGGCCGCCAAGCGCCGGUGUCGCAGCAUGCUCUACUUCAUUGGCAGCGAGACGCGCGCCGUGGGCUCCCUGGUCGAGGCCGCGUACUAUGUGGGCAAGGCUCGGCGCGCAUUUCUUGCUGUGGAGAGCAUGACACCAGGGACGACGAUCGACGACCACAUCCUCACGCCGCUCGAGCUCAAGGACUUCAACCGCGGCCGCUCGUAUCUCCGUGACGCCGCCAGCCAACACGGCGUGCACGUAUACAGCGAUCUUGCGUCAUGUGUUGCAGAGACUAUCCGCUGCCUCCGCACGGCAUGA